GGCAAUGGUUUGGCCGGGAAUAAGGCUAGGUUUAAGAACUAGAGAAGAACAGGAAUAGAUUGUAAAUAUGUCGGACGAUGAGAGCAGUGAGUCGGAUAGUUUCUAUGAUGCUGAGGAUACAGAGGAUACAAUAUGUAAUUCUAGUACAAGGAGUUCUGGAGGUUCGAGAAGAAAGUCGAGUAAAAAUUCAACUUUAACAUCGCCAACUCCCGCUCCUUCCUUAACCGUUGGUUCCUCAGGGUCUCCAGUUGUAGAAUCUCAGAUAGAGAUUCUUACUGGAGAUCAGUUAUCCAGUAGGGAUCAGAGAUGGAGCAGGUUGGAAAAGCUGAGACGAAGAGAGGAACUGGAGAGAGAAGAGAGGGAGGAAAGAGAAGGACGAGACGGGAGUAGAGAGGAACCAGACAGUACGGAGUCAAGUGUAGAGGGUAUCUAUGUAUCUGGAGUUAGGUCCCUUCAUCCCUUCAAGGUUGUGGAACCUGACUCCAGAUCUCUGCAGUCAGGUUUAGGAUCCGAUACCAAAUCCGUUGCAAGAUCUUCCUUGGGUCUGGAUCCUGAUUCUAGAGUCUCCUUGAGUCUUGAACCUGAACCUAGAUCUCCAUCCGUUCCUGAACCUGAACACAGGGUUAGGUUCAACUCAGAGAGCUGUGUUUUAGAGGCUAGAUCUCUGGAGAAGGAACUAGAAAAAAUAGAACUAACAUCAAUCCCAGAGUCCAGGGUGUACCCUGAGCAGGUGAGAUGUGAGGAAGGUUUACCCAACCUAAUCCCUGAUAUUGUAUCCAGUACUCACCCGUCCUCUCCCCCCAAACCAACGGCUCCGCCCCGGAGAAAGAAAAGAGCUGUCGGUCUGAGUAGGGAAACAAGUGUUGAAAACGAUGUAUUCGUGCCACGUCUUCCAACCCUCCCUAUCCUAUCCACUAUCCUGAGUAAAGUGCCCGCGAUACCUACCCUGAGUAAGGUUUCAACCCUAUCCAGUACCCCAGCUGAUCUACCCUCUCCGAAUACUACAGUUAACUCUAUCACGAAGGAUCUAGAGGAAACCCUGCUCUACUCAACUCCCAAUUCUGAAGACAAACGGACCCAAUCAGACCAAGAGAACAGCCUUCAAAAGGAAGAAUUCUCCGAGCCGGGAAAUAAGGACGGAGCGGCGGGUUUGGACCCCAGCAGAAAGGACGGCUUCUUGGAUCCUAAAAACCUUGGUCUGCGCCGAUCCUUUAUGAAAGAUUUUGACGGUGUAUCAGGGUUGAAUAUUAACCUGGCUUGCCGUGGGGAAUAUGUAGUUAAACCGCAGGAUGAUGAAAGAACACGAGGUAUUACUGCUGAAGACCGGGAAAGAUUAUUUAAAGAUACACUCGACUUCAGUCCUGAUACCGGUGUAGGGAGCAGUGCUGCUAACUUUAGUCAAGAUCCUGGAGUUGGAGCUCUGGGUUCCACAGAAACCAGAAGUUCCUUGACAAAAUCAAAGAGCCCAGAAGAGGGCAGACGAGAUAGUUUACGGAGUAGAAGCUACAGAACUGGAGGCUCUGGAGGAUACAGAACGGAGGGACAUCAGUCCGGAAGCUCUGGAGGUUAUCAUUCCGGAGGUUCUGGAGGCCAACACUCAGUUGGUCGGCAGGCGAGUGGGAAGGGGUCAGGAGGCUCAGACAGGAGGUCUGUAGCAGGAUCUAUUGGAUCGGGGGGAUCAGAUGGAGGGAUUAUUAAACAGCUAGGGAUGUACGUCAGGACUAAAUCUGACAGCGGCAAGAAGUUAACAGACCAAGAGAUAUUACAACAGAUAAAGGUUAAGAACCUGGAUACAGGGACUGAGAUGGAUCUAGCAACUGCUGAGGAGCAUCUACCUCAAUCAAUCAACCCACUCUCUCUUCAUAUCAUGCGCCUAACCUCAGAGUACACUGGAACCCUGUCCACCUCUGUAUCUAUGAAUGAAGGAACCUUGUAUGACUCUGAUACAGAAAGUAUACUCUCGAGUAUAUCAGAUUUUGAGAUUGGUCAAGGGAAGAAAAAGAAAACUUUUUCAAAACUCUUCGGGGAGGUAGCUAAGGUAUGUUUUAUAAUUCGGGGAGGUAGCUAAGGUAUGUUUUAUAAU